GUUUUGUUUUAUUUGCACACUGACUUAUUUGGAGAUUGCAUAAUAAAUGUUAGAAACAACAUUAUGGAAACCAGUCCGUGCAGAUUUAUUUGUGUGCUACAAUUCAGGAAUAAAAUACAACUAACUUGCUCUAUUAUAUUACCACAGCAACUUAGUUUUGUGCAUAAUCCUUUUGCAAAGAAGACAACCAACCAAAUUUAGGUUCAAUAAAAGCUGGAAACCUUUACAAAGAAUCUGUGGGGAGGGGCGUUGCUUUUAGCUUCUGCAUAUUAAAUGUCGCGCUCACGGCUUUGAGCUGUAUCCACGUUUACACGCCCAUGGAAGAGGCUCACCAAAUCAGUGGCACUUUAGUUUACAAGUUAACGUAUCCUAUUGAUUUUCACCUAGACUUUCCAAAGAACUAGAAGCAAGCCCCGGCGAGAGCCCUGUAGCCCUGCAUUCCGCAGAAUCAGCACACUGAUCGCAUCAUGCGGAAUCUCUCACUGCCAUGUCACAGGAGGGUAUCCGUGGGAACGGACAACAACAGGGACCUGAGUUCGGCUGCAAUAAUGAGGGGACCGGUCAAAGCACCUACAGACAAGAUUUUGUUAAUUUCCCAACUGGGACACCGGACCGAACUGUGAUGCGGGGGCUUAUGAAGCGGUUGGAAGGCCUGCCAAGGAAGUACAUCUUGACCCAUUCUGAGGAGGCAAAGCAUCACCACCUGGUCUCGCUGUACGACGAUCAAUACAACAGACACGGCUGUAACGCCCUGCUGCCACCGCUCCGCAAAUGGAAUCGGCACAAAAUGGCAUGGACUCCAGAGAAAACAGACUAUCCCCUUGUUGAGCCUCCAACCAACUAUGGGCUUUUGGAGCACUUGAUGAAAAAAUGGAGUCAUAAAGAGCCAGGGGUGAUGAACAGCAUCUACAGCGUUUCCUACCACAAGCCUCCCGUCUCAGCAUACGCCCCUCGCCAGCGGCCCAACACCAGGCGCAUCAUGGAGGAGAGCCGCAAGCAGUGGCUCCCCAGAAGCCUUGACGCGCCUGCCUGAAAAGGGCAGAAUGCCCCACCCUCCCUGCGGAGGGGAAUUAAAGGCGGCACCGUAAGUUAACGAUAUUUUUCUAAGAGUAAAGCUCAGUGGAAGCAUCGUCGACCACUUCGUGCAGGAAUAAAGAGGCGGUGGGAAUUUUAUGGUGAGGAAACGGGAGCCAAGCAAAACCAAAUCUUAGGGUUAGGGUUAGGGUUAGGCUUGCGUUAAAUUGCACCAACAGUGGAAGAUACAAGGAGGAGUUUGAAGAGCUGGCCAGUGUUUAUGCUCCAAUUCCGGAUUUAAUUUUAGAAGCCUUCCUAGCUCAAUCACAAUUCCAGAGACAUAGAAAAUGGAGUACGUAAAAGCCUUGCAUGGAUUCCCACUGAGAACUGCCUCCCGCACAUGACCUGGCUUCAUGAAACCUUGACACAACAUUGGUUUUAGCUCUAUGUGUCACUGGAGCUUGCAGGAAAUAAAGACAAUAAAGACGCUGGAGGCACAAAUCGAAUGUCAUGGUUUUGUUUCCAGAGGGAGGGCACGUUGUUUGGAUCAGAUUAAGAUGGAUUAGGAUGGCCAGGAAGCGAUGCUGGCUGCCGGGUCCUGUCUCAGGCUCUGGAGGCUGCGGGGGGCUGGGCGGGAGCACGGGCUUCAGCUCAGUCCUAGCGAGACUGAGCGGCUUUGGGCUUGGGUGCCUGCCGGCCCCGGGGACUUGCCACCUUUGGCUCCGGAUGGGGCGGCACUGCCACAAACAGUGCGCAAUCCAGAGGUUCUCU